GUUUCGUGUUUUCAGUCACACAUUUUCAAUAAUGAUAUUUUAUAAGACGCACGCUGCUGUCACAUCUGACAUAGUUAGGCUUUGUAACAAAUCCAAAAAUAUCUUCCUUUGAACAAAUCAACAAGGCGGUUAUAUUUCUCAAUCAGAUUCCGAACCAAUCAAACUCUUGCUUUCAAUACCAACCACUUGAUCAUGUCACAAAUGCGUGAAUAUAGUACAAAGGUCGAAUCUGAGCGUUGACCUCUCGGUUAGAAUCGGUAAGUACGGAAACAACCGAGGCCAUUUAAACUAAUAUUGAUGACGUUUUACCCAUAAUAAACAUCGACCGCAAUAUUCGUGACGUACUUAGCAUCACACUGCAAAUGGCGGGGCACCACAGGCAAGCGAGUGGUGCUAUUAGGAAGAAAGUGCAGGUAUCGUUUGUGAUCCGUGAUGAGACAGAGCGUAGUCAUAGGUCUGGUGUGAACGCCCUCCAGUAUGAUGGCACUCUGAACAGACUAUACUCUGCAGGCAGGGACUCCAUUGUUAGGAUAUGGAACACAAAGAGCAUAAAGGACCCAUACAUCCAGUCUAUGGAACACCACACAGAUUGGGUCAAUGAUGUGGUGCUGUGCUGUGAGGGAAGAACAUUGAUAUCUGCCUCAAGUGAUACCACAGUAAAAGUAUGGAAUGCUCACAAAGGAUUCUGUAUGUCUACAUUAAGAACACACAAGGACUAUGUAAAAGCUUUGGCAUACGCCAAAGAUCGUGAGCAUGUAGCGUCAGCUGGACUUGACCGUGCAAUCUUUCUGUGGGACGUCAGAACAUUAACUGCUCUGACAGCAGCUAAUAAUACUGUCACAACGUCUUCCCUAAAUGGAAGCAAGGACUCCAUAUACAGUCUUGCCAUGAACCAGCCGGGCAGUGUGAUUAUUUCUGGGUCAACUGAGAAAGUGUUGCGAGUCUGGGACCCACGGACGUGUCAGAAGCUGAUGAAGUUACGAGGACAUGCUGACAAUGUAAAGGCUAUUGUCAUCAACAGGGAUGGCACCCAGUGUCUGUCUGGGAGUUCAGAUGGCACCAUAAGACUGUGGUCACUAGGUCAGCAGAGAUGUGUGGCUACAAUACGAGUGCACGACGAGGGAGUGUGGGCUUUGCAGGCAAAUGACACAUUCACCACGGUUUACUCUGGCGGACGUGACCGCAGAAUCUGGGCCACAGAUGUCAGGAAUCCUGACAAUAGGACACUGAUAUGUGAGGAGAAAGCACCUGUUUUAACACUUGAACUUGUCCAAAACUCUGACCAACCAUCAUUAUGGGUGUCAACAACAGAUUCUACUAUUAGGAAUUGGCCAAUCAAACACAGGCUAUCAAGAAUGUCUGGCGACUAUGAUAAUUUUAAUGAGAUUCCCACACCGAUGUGCACACAGCCAGACAUGACAAUCAAAGGUGGUGCUAGUAUAAGACAAUACCAUGUAUUAAAUGAUAAAAGACAUGUAUUAACUAAGGACACAAAUGAAGAUGUAGCCCUGUAUGAUGUCUUAACAGCUAGGAAAGUAGAAGAAUUGGGUGCAGUUGAUCUGGAGGAAGAAAUCAAAAAAAGGUUUAAGAUGGUCCAUGUACCCAACUGGUUCUCAGUGGAUCUCAAAACUGGGAUGAUCACAAUACAUUUAGAGGAGACGGACUGUUUUGCUGCUUGGGUUUCAGCGAAAGAUGUUGGUAUUGAAACCAGUGGGGACGGACCAGACACUAAAUUAAAUCUAGGUGGCAUGUUACUUCAAGCUCUAUUGGAACAUUGGCCCAGAACACAAAUGGAGGAGGGGUCAGAAAAUGGUGAUAUGAAUGGUGAGAUGAAUGGAGACAUGAAUUUUGAUAGGAAAACUGGAAAUCCAUAUUUCAGUGUCCCUGGGCACACACCACUCAUAUUCAGUGAGAUGGGUGGCCGCACCUUGUUUCGUUUGUUGUGUCGAGACGCUGGUGGAGAUACGGAGCAGAUGCUGCUUAACGAGACGGUACCGCCCUGGGUGGUGGACAUCACAGUAGAUAAAAACAUGCCCAAGUUCAACAAGAUUCCAUUUUUCCUACAACCACACUCCACGUCAGGUAUCAAGUGCCUGAAGAAGGACAGACUGUCGGCAAGUGACAUGUUACAAGUGCGUAAAGUGGUUGAACACGUCUUCGAAAAGGUCAUGGGUCAGGGGUCAGAGACAGGGUCACAGAAUGCGGGUCAGGACAGGACAGACUACGACAAGGUCCCAGAGGAUGAUGGGAUACCUGCAGAAGAAAAGGUGGAGCUAUUGUGCAAUGAUCAGAUUCUGGAUGCUAAUAUGGAUUUGAGGACGGUUAAACACUUUAUAUGGAAGCAAGGUGGGGACUUGACAUUACACUACAGGCCAAUCAAACACUGAGAGAUGAACAGUUCUUUAGUCUCCUUAUAUCUAUACUUAUCUGUAGAUAAAAACAUCUUCAGAUGAAAAAGGAAUCAAUGUAGCAAUUUAUGUACUGAUUGUUAGUGGUUUCCGUGUUAUUUUGGAGAGGUGUGGAAGAAAACAUCUUUGUGUAGAAAAUCAUUUUGUAUAGUGAAGAAAUGUAAAUCUUCUGUGAUGGCCUCUUCUUUAUUUAAGAUGAGCAAAAGUUUUGAUGUUGGCACCCGAAAAAUCAUCUUCCAGAAUAAGUCUUUGUUGAGAUGAAGUAAAUUAAUAUAAUGCUCUUUGUUGGCAGAUUCUACUUUAUAUAAAGAUGUUAUCCGUGGAUGCUUUUAAAACAAAAAAUUGAUGUGCUUCAGCAGUGAAAUAGCAUGAUUAUGGCAUGCUAAACACUGAGGGAGAAAAUCAUGAAAGAAUAUUUAUUAAUUUGUUGUUAUUGAAGAGAAGACACUUUGGCAUUGAAAUGCUGAGUGUGGCAUAUUUGACACUAGGGAGUCUGCCUUUGAAAAGAUCACAGUGCAAGGCCACACUUGGAAGGUGAUUCUUGCAGAUCUAGCUGCAUGUGCUCCAGAACGUCAAGGUAUGGGUAGAUAACCACUUCCUGCUUUUCUGAAGUUCAUCUUAGUGUUGAAGGUCAUCUUAUACUAGUCUGAUUGCAUCAGAACAUAACUUGUGGAGAAAGUGUCAUUUGUCAUUGGUCAGUGCUGUGGUCAGCUUCUAUGGUCACUACAUAUUUUAUUGCCUGCUACCUCUUAAUCUUAGUGUCUAAGGGUCACCAAUGCCGUGUUUAAGGGUGUGUAAACCUCACUGUUUAUGCUAUAUUUUAAUGUUAUCCAGCAUAUUUCUGGAUCAAGUCAUACUUUAUCUACAUCACAGGUAAAAAUGUCUAUUGACCAUAAUCUAUUAAUUAAUUACGCAUCGCCAACUGAAAAUGAUAUGUACAAGAGUAAAAUUAUUGAUAAUAGUUGAAAGUAUAUAUCAUAUAUAUUGGCUGGGGUUCACUUUACCAGGCCAGAGAUUGGUUUUUUACUAGUUAUUCACAGACUAAGACAGAUGUCUCUGGAUAAUUCAUGACAUUUUUUUUUCACUGUAAGCCAGCAAGAUUUUUUGCAUUGAAUUCAUGUCAUCACUGAGCUGGCCUCUAGUAUGUAGUAGGGAAGGCAAGGAUAGGGGAGAGAAAAACCCAUCAAUAUUAUACCAUACCUUCUUCAGAUAGAGUGAAAACCCCUGUAGUUUCACUGCCAAAGAUGAUUUAGACAAAGGAAUUAAUCUGCUCAUUUGCUGCGCAGAGUGCGACUGUGACUAAUCUGAGUUAUCUUGAUUGUAUGUCAUUUCCAGUUGCUCCCAAAAUAUAUAUAAAAUUAAAAGUGCUGUGAUGGGUAGGGUGAAGAAUUCUUAGAAAUGUUCAGUAUGUGAAAUGUUUCUAUUAAAAUUUUUUUGGCAUAAUGCAUAUUAUGUAUUCACAUGUUGAAAGAGUAAAUAUUCACUUUAAAUGUUAGAGUUAAGAUGCUGUAUAGAUGUUAAUUACUUGAUACUGUUCUAAAUGUACUUUAAUGUCCUUGGUCAUCUGGUCCAGUCAGUAGGGCAAGAGUAACUGACCAAGCUCUAGAUAAUCUACCAAUUGAAUAUUUUAUAUCUUAUCAUGGUGAAGCUUUCAAUGUAUUAUAAAUGAUCUAAUAGAAACAAUUAUACCCUAUUUAUUUUUCACAGGAACUACUGACCAUUGGUCUGAAAAU